CCUCCUUCCCUCUUUUUUGAUCUUCUCGCCGGUGGCUCGUUGACUGCCCCAGCUCUCAUCUGCCAACCCCGUCGACUUGAUGGCUCGGAUUGGUUGAUCUAUCGGCUGUCAAACCAUCUUCCCCGCUCACUCCCCGGUUCUACCCACGAUCUCGACUCUACAUAAUCUCCCAGGGCUACUCUCCCGUCUAUCCACACACACACAUGUCCUUUCGCACUCCUCAAUCUCAUCCAAUCGCCAACCGACCAUCCCCUCGCUCCGACUCGUCCACCCCAACUGCCACCACACCCACGCCCUCCAACUCACUUCAUUCGCCUCGCCCUAACCCCAUGGCCUCCUCCUCCUCCUCCUCUUCGCCUCUCUCUCACCACCCAUCAACCAACACCCACUCCGCUCACAACAACCUCUUCCCCAUCAGCCCGACUGACCAAGCCAGCCCCUUCUCCGUCAAGACCAAGUCCCCCCAACUCCGCACCCUACGCAGGAUGUCCACCCCAGGCGCCCAACUGGCCGACUCGGAAAGCUCCUCACACCUCUCCAGGCGGGCCAACGAACUAGGCAUCGACCCUUCCUCCUCACUUGGCUUCGUUGACGAUAUCGUUAUCGGCGGCGAAUGUGGUCUCGCUGAUGGUGGCAAAGCCUCUGGGGUUCAAGCCCCUACCAGCGACAAUUGGAUUGCCCAUCACCUCUCAAUCGUUCUUCAGCACUCCUUCACCGUCUCAUCACCCCAUCCGAUCCCUUCUUCAACCAACCCCGAAUCUCUUCCUAACCGAUUCCUCAAUCUCCGCAAUUCUCCCGUCCCUGAAGCUCUGCGCAAUAAAGUCUCAAUCACCUCUCUCUCAAGCUUUACCACCUCCACCACCACAGAUGAGGAUGAGGACAAUGAGACCGAUGAUGUCGAAGAAGCCAAAAGUCAAGACUCAACCGCAUCCUCAUGCUACUUUCCCAACCUCAACCAAGCUGACUCCUGUUCAUCCCAACCUCGGCCUUCUACUCCUCGCUCUCAUCCCUCCUUGCCCCCAGUUCAACACUCUAACCUGCCUCCUGUGAUCUCGGAACCUCCUCCCUCGGCUUCCCGCCUCCAACUCCUCCGUAUCCUCAACACAUGGUCAUUUGACGCCAAUUCACUCUCCCCUCUUCAGAUUCGCUGUUCGCUUCAUGUAUUGCUCUCCGUCUAUCUUGAGUAUACUCCUGGUUUCACUCAACUGCUCACAGACCUAGGCGUUGUGGACCCUGAACAAUGUCUCCAAAGCCUGGUCGAUAACCUCGAAGUAGCCUAUGACCAACGGAACGCGUAUCAUAACUUUCGCCAUGCCGUCGAUGUCGUACAAGCCGUUUACACGAUGCUCUCCCACGAAGGCAUCGUCCCACCCCUCGGCUGGGUUCUACAAAAGGAGUCCGAUUCCAGUUAUGCAGCUUCAUGGGAACGCCAACCUGUCGGACGUACUGGCUCACUAUUAGACGAGAUGACCGUUUGGGCACUCCUUUUAGCUGCUGCUGGUCAUGAUGUUGGCCAUCCCGGUCUUAGCAAUGCAUUCAUGGUUAACGCUCGAACCCCUAUUGCCUAUGUAUUCUCGGAUGGUGCUGUACUAGAAAACUUCCAUCGGAUCACUUUCACAAGGAUGCUACGAGAGCAUGGAUUUGGAAAAGUAAUUGACGGGCACGCCGGAUUCAGGCAAGUCAUGGUUGGCGCGGUCCUAGCUACCGACAUGGGCCGACAUUUCCCAAUAGUCGAGGAACUUAAGCGCUUGGCCACCAAGUGGGCUACAUCUCCGGAAGAUGACCCCAACAACACCGAUGAAAAGCUUGCGGCCAAAGUUCUCCUGACGGCUGGACUUAUCAAAUGUGGAGAUAUCUCAAAUUCCAGCCGCCCCCAUCACAUUUCUCUGACAUGGUCCUCUUGCCUGCUUAAUGAGUGGUCUCGACAGGCAGCACUAGAAGCUGAUCUUUGCCUGCCUGUUAGUGUUGUAACACUUGAUCCUGCUGAAAAGCGUGCCCAAGCCAAGAGUCAGAUUGGGUUCACACCCUGUUUGUUCUACCACUCUUCACUGUCAUGAGCAGCUUAGCCCUAA